AUGGAGCUUGCAAAGCUCAUUGCACCAAAUGGAAUCUGGGGAAAGGUCUGGCUGGCAGCACACUGGGAGCGGAAGCUCAAGAAACAGGAUUACCAGGAGAUCGACCUUCGCAGCUUGCUUGCCACUAUCUCGGCAAAACGGUCGCUUGUCUCCCUGCGAGCUACCGGGCACCUACUGGUGGGCGCCUGCAAGAUCUACUGCAAACAGAGCGCUUUCCUGGAGGAGGAGGCAGAUGAGGUCCGUGCUGGACUCAUGAUGGCAUUCAGCCGGCCGACAGAAGAGCCGGAGGUCGAGAUUUCUGGCCGCAUUCGCGAGGUGCGGCCAGGUGCCCUGACCCCCAUUCUUGCAGACGACCAGGCCCUGCUGGGAGGCAAGAAGCACAUCGCGCGUUUGGAGGACAUUACACUAAAAAACCAAGGCAAGGAGGACGCAGGGUCAAUCGUGGCCAGUGAUGAUCUCUUUGGUGCGCUCUCCCAAACAGAGCUCCAGGAAGUGAUGCGGGCGGUUCGCAGAAAAGUUGUUCCGAGGGGUGCCUUCGAGGAGCUCGAGUCGGCGGCAACAGGCGAGCACCACGACUUCGACACCCUUCCGCUGGUGGCGCUUUCAGAUCAGCCGAAGGCCGCCGCUGAACCGGAAGAGCCUGCCGUAGGUGAAGACGUUAUGCCUUUGGACAUGGAGCUUGCCCUUGAAGAUGAGGCUCCUGCUGCUCCUGCUGCUGCGGCCGAAACAUCAACAUCACCAGUGCCGUAUGCACAGGAAGAGGUCAUCGAUAUCGAAGACCUCAACCAAGUGGCCGGGCAGGCGGCAGUGCAGCUUGUACCGUUGCCAAAUCUGGCAGUGGCAAGGCAACUGAUCAUGCUGGGUGAAGAGGAGCAGCAAGCUGUGCUUGGCUUCUUUCAAGCUCAACGGCGGGAAGAAAUUCAAACCUUGCUGGAUCAGGCGCCCGACUCACUGGCACUGGCUGGGGAUGUCGGGGAUGGCGGAUACGGCGGAUAUGCUGGAGAUGCCAUGCCGGUGUCUCACGCCUACUUCGAAGGGACUCUGGCACCUUUCGACAGGCCCACGGACGGCGAUGGCUCAGUACGGAAGAAGCGGCGCACGCAGUUCGUUGCAGACGAGCUGCCGGAGAUCCCCAAAGAGACCUACAGAGGGUACAUGAACGAUCGGGACAAAAUCACGCGCAAGGGAGAUCUCGACUACCACCUGAUGCUCCCGCACUACUCGCCCCACCUGCCCAACUUCACGACCACCUUCACAGACAUGUGCAAGACAUUGUGUGAAGGUAUUCUGUGGGGCUCGGAGGUUGCAGAAAAGAGACGGCGACUAACUAAAGACGCCGAGCCGGACCGCGUCUUCGAGGCUGCAGGUGUGUUCGCAGGCGCAGGCGGCGCGGGUCCAUCACAGCCUGCAGGGAUGGCCGAGGAGGUCAGCAUCCUGACCGAGGAGCAGCGGAAUAAUCUCAGCCUGUACGUGAAGCAGAAGACUGCUGACAAGCCGAACUCGCUUGCACCGUUGCUUGGGCCAGUGCUCAGCCCUGACAAAGCGGGCCUGAGGAGCCCUGGCUUCUCACCAGAGACACCUCUUGUGACGGAGACCCUGCUCUUAGAGAAUGCCCCUGGAUCCAUGAAUGCCGUUGUGACGGGCAACCAAGAUGACGAGGAUCAAUCGGGCAAUCCGACAGCGCGGAUCGGGUACAGUGGCCGCACUGAGAAGAUGCACCGCUUCCUUGCCAGGGAGUUCCGAGACGCCGGCAAACCGGACCUUUCCUACGAGGACCUUUGCAGAUCUCAAACUCAAGGGCGCAGAGAACUCAUUGCUGGAUGCUUCUUCGAGCUCUUGGUGCUGAAAACCAAUGGAGUGAUCAACGUGGAGCAGGAUGACCCGCUGUCUGACAUCAAGAUUGCAAAGGCUUUACUCGUCUUGCGGCAAGCGAUGCAAAACCGCUGCAAGCCCUUAAGUGUCACCACUCUGCGCGUGCACAUUACCUGCAUUUCCGACGGGCCGAACCACGAAAUUGAGGAUCCGGUCGCAUCAACGAAGUUGGUGGGGUUCAAAUCCUAUGUCGAGCAUCCCUGCGUUCUAAUCUUGCAGCCUGAGUGGGCGACCACUGCCCUCAUGGACUGGAAAGGGGAUGAGGCGAGACUGGGCCAGCUAUGUCAGCUCUUCCAGCUGGCAUCCUCUCCAGACAACAGCAUCCAGCAGCAGGUGAUGCAGAUGCUGUCGCAGUUUAGCCAGCUUCCAGAUUUCGAUAUGUACUUGGCAACAGUUUUUGCCAAGUUGACUACCCAAGACGAGGUUGUUCGACAGCGAGCAGGACUGCUGCUGAAAACGAACCUCGGGAGGGCUCAACCUGGAACGCUGCAGCCGGCUAUCGCGGAGUAUGUUCAGGCUCAUACCUUGUCUGCAGUGAGCGACAGCAGCAAGGUCAUUAGACACACAGCUGGCACAGUCAUCUCCAUUCUUGUCCUGAAGGUCGGCUUUGUUGGCAGCCGACAGACUUUGGACAAACUGGCGACCUGCCUCGGUGAUCAGAAUCCUCAUAUAGUGGAGGGCAGUUUCAAUGCUCUGAACAAGAUCUGUGAAGAUGGCAUGAUGCUUAUCAAGCAGAUGUGGGACUAUCCUGAUGAGCAGACGCAGCACUUUGUUCGUUGGUCGGCCGAGAACCUUCUGCCCAAAGUGAUGCAGUGCCCAUCUUUCCAUUAA